AUGCGCACUCCCUCCCGUCGCCUAACUGCACUCCCUUCCGUCGCCUAUGCGCACUCCCUUCCGUCGCCCACACGCACUCCCUGCCGUCGCCCACACGCACUCCCUCCCGUGGCCCACACGCACUCCCUUCCGUCGCCCACACGCACUCCCUUACGUCGCCCACACGCACUCCCUUCCGUCGCCCACUCGCACUCCCUGCCGUCGCCCACACGCACUCCCUCCCGUCGCCCACACGCAACCCCUUCCGGAGCCCAUGCGCACUCCCUUCCGCCGCCCAUGCGCACUCCCUUCCGCCGCCCAUGCGCACUCCCUUCCGUCGCCUCCCCAUCCCUCACCGCACGUUCCCCGGACAACCGGAAGCGCGUGCUACAGCUGCUGCUGUGCUCGUGCUACAGAGCUACGCGAGAUGAGGUGCUCUGCGACGCGACGCAGAUCAGCCCUCCUUCCCCCCACCCUCUGCUCUCCUUCCCCCCACCCUCAGCCCUCCUUCCCCCCCACCCUCUGCUCUCCUUCCCCCCACCCUCAGCCCUCCUUCCCCCCCACCCUCUGCCCUCCUUCCCCCCACCCUCAGCCCUCCUUCCCCCCACCCUCAGCCCUCCUUCCCCCCACCCUCAGCCCUCCUUCCCCCCACCCUCUGCCCUCCUUCCCCCCACCCUCAGCCCUCCUUUCCCCCACCCUCUGCCCUCCUUCCCCCCACCCUCAGCCCUCCUUCCCCCCCACCCUCUGCCCUCCUUCCCCCCACCCUCAGCCCUCCUUCCCCCCACCCUCAGCCCUCCUUCCCCCCACCCUCAGCCCUCCUUCCCCCCACCCUCUGCCCUCCUUCCCCCCACCCUCAGCCCUCCUUCCCCCCACCCUCAGCCCUCCUUCCCCCCACCCUCAGCCCUCCUUCCCCCCACCCUCACGCCUCCUUCCCCCAACCUCAACGCUCCUUCCCCCCACCCUCAGCCCUCCUUCCCCCCACCCUCUGCCCUCCUUCCCCCACCCUCUGCCCUCCUUCCCCCACCCUCUGCCCUCCUUCCCCCACCCUCUGCCCUCCUUCCCCCCACCCUCUGCCCUCCUUCCCCCCACCCUCUGCCCCAUACCGCAUCACCCCAUCCCAAGAGCACCCCAUUCCGCCCCACCCCACCUCAAGGUCACCCCAUUCCGCCGCACCUCCCUCUGUUCCUCCCAUCCUCCAUCCUCAUUUCCUCCCUGCCACCCUUUCUCCUCCCCACCCUCCUCCCCAGCCUCUCUUCCUCCCCUCCCUUCUGCUUCUUCCCCAAACGUCCUCCAUACCUCCCUUCCUCCCAUCAUCACUUCCUCCCUUCCUUCAUUCCUGCAGUCCUCACUUCCGUCGCCUCCGUCUGCUAUGCAUCUGGUUGUGAUGGGCUGGCUGUCUGA